AUGGCUGCAAGUACAAGCUAUGCUGCUGCCAAGUAUGGUCACUUUGAAUUGCUGAAAUGGGCACGAGCCAAUGGAUGCCCCUGGGAUGAUGACACAUGUCAGGCUGCGGCGAAAGGAGGACAUUUGGAAAUACUGAAGUGGGCAAGAGACAACGGAUGCCCUUGGGAUGAAUUUACAUGUGCAGCUGCAGCCGUAGGAGGGCAUUUGGAAUUGCUGAAGUGGGCUCGUGAGCAGGGGUGCCCAUGGGGUGUCCAUAUAUGCUCGGCUGCUGCUGAACAUGGUCGCUUUGAAUUGCUGAAAUGGGCUCGUGCAAAUGGAUGCCCGUGGGACGGAAGCACAUGCACAGCCGCAGCUGCAGGCGGGCAUUUGGAAUUGCUGAAAUGGGCUCACGAGCAAGGAUGCCCAUGGGAUGAAGAUACAUGCUUUGAGGCUGCUGAGCAUGGUCACUUUGAAAUUCUGAAAUGGGCAAGAGAGAAUGGAUGCCCAUGUUGUGAACUAACAUGUGGAGAAGCAGCCCGAUUGGGUCACUUGGAGAUGCUGCAGUGGGCUCGAGAACAUGACUGCCCAUGGGAUGAAAGCACAUGCAGAGCUGCAGCUGAAGAAGGACAUUUGGAAUUGCUGAAAUGGGCUCGCGCAAAUGGAUGCCCGUGGGACGGAAGCACAUGCUAUGUUGCGAGCAAAAAUGGUCAUUUGGAAAUUCUGCAGUGGGCUCAUGAAAAUGGCUGCCCAUGGGAUGAACGCACAUGCAUAUCUUUGGCUGAAGAAGGACAUUUGGAAUUGCUGAAAUGGGCUCGAGAACAUGGAUGCCCAUGGAAUGAAGAUGCAUGCUCAGCUGCAGCUGUGGGAGGGCAUUUGGAGAUUGUGCAGUGGGCACAUGAAAAUGGGUGCCCGUGGAAUGAAGACACUUGCUUAGCUGCAGCCACAAACGGUCAUUUGGAAAUCCUGAAAUGGGCUCGUUCUCAGGGAUGCCCAUGGAAUAGACAGAGAUUAAUUUCACAUUUCCCCGUUUAUGGUCAUCGGGAUAUUAUUCAGUGGGUUCGUGAGAAUGGCUCAUCAGAAGAGGGGUCAGAGGACGAGGCAUAAGAACGGGAUCCUAAAAUAGUAGUAUGCAGUGGUUAAUGCUUGUUAGUCUAGCUGUUGUAGUAUGCAUCUCAGGCAGUCUUUCUGCUAUUCUCACUCUCGAAACUGAGACCGUCCAGUUGAUACUCUGUUGCACUGUGCAAAAUGAACGAACCAAACGAAAAACAGGAGCCACCCUUUCAUGUUGUGUGCUCCAUUGAUUCGAGAUUCAUUCCAAAUCAUCCAAAAACUCCUUGUGCAGUAAUGAACUCAUCCAUUCAUGCAAAAAAAUGAACUCACACCAGCAUCAUGAUUAAUUAAUGAUC